AAGGCGUCCCGAGAACGAUGGCAGUGAAGAGGGUUUAGAUUCCGGUGAGAGAAAACAGUCGCCGGAGAAAAUGAUAGUUUCUCGCCUUCAUCUCUUGAUCGAUCGCUGUGUCCGCCGCCGCCACGCUGAAGGAGAAGUAAAUUUGCCGGCGGAGGCAAUGGAGAAGGAUAUGCUUCUUUCUCUAUCGCAGGUGUCGAGAGAGAUUCAAUCUUGGAUUAGUGAAGCUGGCCUUGAUUCUGCUUCGGAUCAAGGACAGGAAACUACUGAUGCUGAUGCUGAUGCUGCUGCUGCUUCUCCACAAUCCAAAGAUCAUUUAUGCUUAGAAAGACUCGUGGUCGAUCUUGUUGGUUUGUUUGGUGCGAAGAAGAAUGUGCAUGUUCAGCAUUUGGCUGGCAACAUUCUUGUGCAAGUAUCUGACUCUCUGGUUGAAUCUGGAAGUCCAUGGGAUGAUUUCAUUCGCUUGCUUUGUGACUCUUUGCACCUAGCACUUGUCUACAGCUGCCCACUUCCUUCUCCAACUGGAUUUGAGGGUUCAGAUAUUGGUUCUGUUGUUCUUAAAGGUGAGAUGAAAAAGGCUAACUGGUGCACGGUGUCUGGUAUCUUUCGAGUUCUCCGUAAUAUAUUGAAGCGCUUGGGUCAAGAAGAAAACGAGGAACUUAUUGAUGUAUACUUGGAAUCUGUCAACUCUACACUUGCAAAGAUCCCUUGGUCCCGAGUGGACACUCAUUUUUCUAAUCGUCAUGGUCAUAAUGGAACUCUAGGAAGCAUUGGAAACAGUGAGGAAGGAACUGUAUUUCUUGGGAACUUUGUUCAGUUUCUCUCAACCGUGGUUCAGCAGGUUCGCUUUCCAGAAGAUUCUGAUGCUUUUGGAACUACACAUUUGAUACUCCAAAAAAUCACUGAGCUUGUUCCGGAUCUCCUCCGUUUGUGCCAGCCAAAGUUAGAAAGUCAAAGUGGCUCUUCCAUGUCAAGAUACCUAGUGCACAAGUUGCUGGUGUUGAUGAUCAGACUUACAUAUCAGUCCAAUAUAAAAUGCUCCAUCCUUCUUUCAUGGCUGCAAUAUUUGCAACACCAUUUUCAACGCUUUCUCCAACACACCCUAAAUAGGAAUAAACCCGUCCAAGAUAAUUGUUUAGAAGGAUCUCCAUUUUUUGUGAGUUUGACUGAUAGGGAUGUCAAUGAGACGCAUUCUAAUCAUUUGCAAAGACUAUCUGUGUUUCUGUUCCUACGGUGCUCACUCACUUUACUUUAUACAAGUAGACAUGCCGACAAGGACUGUGAGUUUGACUGUAGAAAGAAAGGGAUGGAAGGGGUGUUUAAAUGGAUUGAACAACAGGUUCCAGGUGAUACAUUUUUAGAUCACGGAACUUAUAGCAAGAAGAGUGUUGACUUCUCUACAUGCUUCAUCCAGCUGUUCAUGCAUGAGGAUGACCUAUUAUUCAAAGUUCUCCUGCAAUUGCUGUCCGUGCCGUUGGCUGGAGAGGAACUGCUUAAGGGGGAAGAGCGUUUGCUUCAAGAUAAGGAGAUUUGCGUCCGUAUAUCAACAUUGUUCAAUCCUGUGAUCCUCUUCUGUAUAUUUCUUUCAGAGCUGCAUUACGAUCAUCAAGUCCUUCUUGAUUACCUUAUAUCUAAAGACAUCGGGGCUAGCUGUGCAGAGUACCUGCUGAGAUGCUUGCGCACAGUCUGCGACUCUUGGACUUUGUUUGUGGAAUUCCCAUUUGAAGAAAAUAUAAAUGAUUCAUCUUCGAAGAGAAGGAGAUUGCUGGUUGAGACUCCGGAGGUUGAACAAAACCAGAUACUACAUCCCCAGGCUUUCGAAAAUGCCAAAGAGUGUCUGCUUUCUUUACAAAACUCAAUUGUGAGGCUACAUCAGAAGAAACUAUUUCCAUACAACCCAGAAGCUCUUCUACGACGUUUGUCAAGGUUUCAAGAGCUCUGUCUACUCCACGAGUAAUAUUAUCUGGACCCAAAGGUAAAUCAGUUGCAUACCUGAAGCAUUGUUAUAUGUAAAUCUCCAUGAUGCAUAACCUCAUUUCACAGGACUUAUAUGCAAUUGUGAUUUUGCUGAUAGAGAAGUAUUUAACUUCUCAGUUUAGUGUUUCUCAGUCUCAGCUUAGAUUCUAUUAGACAGAAGGAUCAGACUCAAAGAAGGGUUCUUUCCAGAUCAAGUUUCAAACUAACUGCCUCACAUGUAGAAUUGUAUAUUUGUAUAAAGACGAUCCUACAUUUCUUGGUUGUCGGUGGGAUAUAAAUCACAGAACGUUAUUUUCUUACCUUCACAAUCUAAAUCUGAAAGGUAUAAUAGGAUACGUUGGUCAAGCUUAGUUUGAAACUGCCCCAGGCAAUUACAGUAAGCAAAAUGUAAUGUAGAAUAUUAACAAUCACAAAUGUUUGAAGCUCUCUUACUCAUAUCAUCAUAAAUGUAAAGUGAACCGUGAGGUAUACACACACUCACUACCGAGCUAGCUUUUUCCU